GAACAUGUACAUGUACUUUUUGUUUUUUUUCCCCCCUUCCAUCGUACCCAGUUCCACCCCCUGUCUUUCCGUUACCUUAGUAUUAUGCAAAUACUCGACGCUCAAUCAUAGGACUAAAAAGGACCGUUCCCAAACCACACAACCUCCUCUUCCUCCUGACAAUGGAGUAUCAACAUAAUACGCCCCUAUUCCCAUUGCCUGUGUGGACUCUCCAGAUCCCCAUGGCCUCCAUCCUUGUUGUUGAUUUUUUUCUUCAGAUUGCUUCAGGGAGUUUGAUAUCAGAUUCUCCAGAAGGUGAUGGCGAUCAGGACGACUUCAAAGACAUUGAUUCGAAUCCAAGGACUAUAUUUUCGAUUGUUCAAAUCAUCGCCAUCGUUGCCACUAUAUGCCUCUAUAGUCUUUUCAUAUAUCCUAAUACAUUCAGAGAUGGUUAUUGUUGUAUUUGCACUUGUCUUCAAAAGAGAAAAGAUGAUGUCCCCUCGUCUCUUUUCCCUCCUAUCCUCUCUUCAUCUGCGACCAUAACCAGUACUCCUACCCCAGAGCAGGAGAUAGGGGCAAGGGCAAAGUAUAAGAGGCGCGAGAAUCAGCGAAUAUGGAUAACGUUGAUGUUGGCCUCCGUCUACCUUUUUUUCGUGGUUCAAACAGCUUACGAUAUCUGGCGCUUUGAAGGAACAGAUGGAGUGAUUGGAUGGGUGACCCUUUUUUUGAACCUAGUCAUGGUGAUGCUACUGGCCUUUGACUGUCGUUUGCAAUGUCAAAACCAACAGAGGUAUGAUUUACAAUGGCAACAACAACAACAGCAACAGCAGCAGCAACAUCGGAUACAGAUGGACCAAGGAGACUUGCAGAAUCAUUACCGACAUGGAUAUCAGCUACAGCACCGGCAUCCGCAUUAUCCGUUGACAGAAUUAUGUGCCUCUGUUGGAGGUGAUGCAUCUCGUGCAGACACAACGAUAGGAGAUUUACCAAGAUAUGAACCUACAAUCAACUCUAACAAUGACGAGCGCAACAAUGGAAGCGGUAGUGAUAAUAGUAGAAGUGGUAGAGGCAGCAACGGGGAGCAUUAACGGCAUCAAUGACAUUAAUGGUGAAGACUUUAGUAACAAUAGCCAGACAGAAGGACAAGCAUGUUCACAUCAACCUCUUGCUCUGCCAUGCUAUACUCCAG